UGUAGUACAUGUAGCCAAGCCUGGUCCUGGUGUACAACGUGUACCUGGGACACAGUUCAAAGAGGCAGACCCUGAGCAACCGGAUUCUCCAGCUUUUGGAGAACAUCAGUGACAGUGUGAGUGUCAGUGACCAUAUCCUGUUACAAAGAUGACAUCCUCCUGUGGUGCAAGUCUGCGAGCCUCCAAGGAGACAGAGGAGUGAAAGCAACAGUGCUCCCCUCUUAGGCUAAAGCCACCAGGUCAGUACAAUUUAAUUUAUUUUUGUUCAUGUCUAAAGUAUUAUUCAGAUUAGACAAGAAUGUACACACAAAGUCUCAUUUGUACCAUUGUUUCUUUAGACUUUUCUUGUUUGACUGGGGUAUUUUAUAUGGUAUUUGUUUAAGGUCAUGGCUUUUCCAUAAAUACACUGUUUACUUGUUAAACUGGGGUUGUUUACCAUUGUUACAAUGUAAUUUCAAUUGUGUUUUUUGUCACAAUAAUGUGAGAACCUGAUAUUAUUUUGUACUUGUGACAAUGAAAGGUAUAGACUUUAUAGGUAUAGGUAUAACAGCUGUUCAUACAAUAAUGACCACACAUGGGCAAUUGUAGGUCUGUGUAUAUUUCAUGAUUUUUGUCAGUAUAUGUCAUACAACCAGUAGUCAAACGUCUCCAGUAUGUCUGAUGAAGCUGAUCACCACUUAUCAUCUCUUUAAGGUGGUCCUGUAAAAUCAUGACCUCUAAAACAGAUAAUCCUCCACCCUAUGAGGACGCACUGCACCAUCCUAAGUAUGGAGAUUACCCAAACCAGACCCAACAUGGCUCCCCUUUUCCACCACCUCCAUCUUACAGCCCUAGUCCUGGCAUGUGCCCCGGCCCGCCUGGCUACGGGGGCACGCAGGCUGGCAUGUGGGCCGCCCCUGGCUUCUCUCCAUCUGGGAUGCCCACCACAAUACCGACUCUGUCCGCCGGAGUGCCCGCAUCCAACCCAGGAGACAUGGAGGAUUUUCUGAGCACCCAGUGGGAGAGCAGGUCUAUUCGGCAUGCCUUCAUCAGAAAGGUUUACUUAAUUUUAUCAGCACAGCUUGCUGUCACUUUUUCAGUCGUCGCUGUCUUUACAUUUGUUGACCCAGUGAAGCUGUUUGUCAUCAGAUAUCCUGGCAUCUACUGGGCAUCUUUUGUGGUUUAUUUUUUGGUUUUCUGCAUUCUCGUCUGCUGCAAAGAGCCAAGGAGGCGUUUCCCAUGGAAUCUUGUGCUGCUGGGAGUAUUUACCCUGGCCUUGUCUUACAUGGCUGGAACAAUCUCAAGCUAUUAUGACACAAAAGCAGUGCUUCUCGCCAUGGGAAUAACAGCGUUAGUUUGUGUAGCUGUCACGAUCUUCUGCUUUCAAACCAAGGUGGACUUCACCUCCUGCGGGGGACUUCUCUGUAUUGCUUCCGUUUUGCUCAUGAUUCUUGGGAUUGUUACAGCCAUCGUCCUCUCUUUCCAAUACGUCCCUUGGCUUCAUAUGCUCUACGCUGCAAUUGGAGCCAUCGUUUACACUCUGUUUUUAGUAUACAACACACAGCUUCUUAUUGGAAACCGAGAGCUGGCGAUCAGCCCAGAGGAGUACAUCUUCGCAGCUCUUUCUCUCUACAUAGACAUUGUUCACAUUUUCCUUUUCAUCCUCCAAAUCAGUGGAGCUGCAAAUGAAUGAGCUCACCGGUAGAACACAUCUUGCCCUCUAAGAGCUUGGACUUACAGUAUCUUGUGUUCGUCAAUAAACAUAAUGCUAUAUAUCCACAACUGUGCAAACUAUAAAUGUAACUAUAUAUAGUCACAUUUUUUGUUAAUACUCAGGCACUUUGGUUUAUUUUUGCACUGUUUAAAGCAGGGUAGUGAUUUACAUCUUGUAGAUCUAAAUGAAGAGCGAACUUUAGCUUUGUAUUCUGAAUGGUUGCUAUUUAAUAUUU